UAUUCACAGUUGGUUUUGUGACUGUCUUUGUUUUAAUUUCGAAAUAACAGAGUGUUGAUAAAAUUAACUGUGAAUAUUCCAACAACAUUUCGAUCGGCAAAAUAUUUGAUGUCACAUUGGAAAUAAAUUUCAUCAUUCGAUCUAGAAUACAGAGUCACUUUGUUGAGAUCUGUCACGAUGAGAAGAAAGAGAGCCAAGAAUGGGCGCAGUGCGUCGUUGAAGAUGACUCUAAAUCAAGUGCUGCGGGAAGAGUAUCGUGCGCCAUUCAUCGAUCAGGUCACAUACUGGUGCCUUUCGGCCACAAUGAUUACGACUCUGGCGUCAUUACUGUUCUUGUUCAAAGCAAACAAAGCCUUUGACGAUGAAAAUGUUCGAUUUUUUAAAGGUGAAUCCGAUGAAUACACGAAUGAUGAAUUCAAUAAAUACGUGAAUGGUGUAAUUGGUGAAUGUUUCACCUCGGUAUUACAAGAAAAUUACCACAAAUUACCGCUUGCAUUUCGACGAACUGUGGAGCAAGCAUGUCCUGAUUUUCUUCGUCCAGAAAAUUGGCCAGCUCGCGAGGGCAUGGGGAAUGCAUUCAAUCAUCUCAUCACUCAGUACAUAACAAACGUGAAAAAUAACAUCAGAGUAUGGGCAUUCAGUCGCAUCAAGAAAUUUUUCACGCUAAAGCGCUACGAACUGAAUUUGAAUCGACAAGGAAAUCUCAUCACUGAAUUGGAUGUAAAACGUGCGACGAAGAUCGUAAUGUUCCAGAGUAGAGUCGAGAGAAACGCGAACAUCGAUCUUCUAUUAAACGAAGCAGUAGGCAUUGGAUUGCCAAUCAAUGUACACUUCCAGAAUCUCAUUCGUGAUCGCUGGUUCCAAACCAUCCCAAUAUUUAUAAACAUUCAGCGACAAAUUUUCGAUUUUCACGCAAAAUAUGAAAUGUUGAAACAACGCUGGUUCCAUUAUCGACGCGAUCCGAACAAUAAUGUCAUGCCGACCACUCCACUCCCGCCAAAAAUAAAAAAUUUCUUAGUAAUUCCAGUCCACGAUUUCGAUAUGAAACAUAUCCGCAUCGAUAUCCAUCUUUUUUAUUCAAUUGCGAGCAAAUUUGGAGCAUUGAAAUUGGCAAAAGGAAAACGCGGUCAGCCAAUAAACAUUGAAAAAACUGAAUACGAUAGCAAUCCAGCUAUCUAUUGGGAUUUAAUAUUUGACCUGCCAAAAAUUUCGAAACUUGGAAAUGGUAAGGAAUUCGAUUUUGCUGUGGCAACCGAUAGUGUGGCAGUUUCGUUAUGUUUCGUGAAGCCUGAACGCAAUACACCAGAACUUGAUAACAACACCAUCAAAGAGAAGUACAAUAAUUUUGAGUUUGAUUAUGUGCUUGGAAUCGAUCCAGGAGUUCGUACAUGGAACGCCACCGUUCGCAAACACGUUCGAUCCGGCAACGAGGAAAACAUCACAAUUGAUGGUCCAAAAUACCAUUUCAAAGCGAAAUAUGGCAAACGCAAGCGUAAAUUCGAUCAAUGGACUGAAUUGUUGCAAAAACAACGGGAGCUCGACUAUAAACGCUAUGCAUUUUUUCCAUCGCCGAAAGGACGUUCACAUUGGAUGUGUUACAUCGCUUAUUAUGUGAAAAUGAUGAAACCAGCUAUGGCGGUGUACACAACAAGAAAGUUUAUUCGACUCCGUCUCGAUAAAUACAUCGAAGAGAAUCGGGCCAGUGACAAAAUCGCGGCAUCACUGACGAAAAAAAGUCGGCGCUCGUUUUUAUUGGUGCAGCUCAAAUAG